AUUUUGUAUCCGCUACUUUCAUUAGUUUAUCGGUGUUCGUCAAAGUGUCUAUUUGUCGUCCGUCGGUUUUGUUGCUUUGAUUGCACGUGUGAUUUAAAGGAGACUUGAAUAAUAGAAAAUUGUAUUUAAUUUAUCCAUCCACAAGCUGAUUAUAAUAAUUUAUUUCCUAUUUUAAACGUUUUGAAGAUUUCAUAGUGACUAUAAUAAAGAAAUAAACAUGUCUAGAGUAAAUAAACGAAAGCAUGUAAUAAACGAAGCUAUUUGGGAUGACUACAUACUUCCUAAUGAAAAUCAGAGCAUAGUCAAAGUAUUAAAAAGCAAAGGAAACAAUUUACACCAGGUUAUUACACCAAAUGGCGAAGAAUUUUUAGUAUCUAUGCCUAAUAAAUUUCGCAAAAACAUAUGGGUGAAGAGAGGAAAUUACAUCCUUGUAGAACCAAUAUUGGAAGGGAAUAAAGUGAAAGGAGAAAUAGUGAAAAUAAUGAAUAAGAAAUCAAUUAAAUUUUAUAAAGAAAGCAAUGUGUGGCCAAAGGAAUUUGAUGAGCCCAAGAAAGUUGAGAACAAUACAGAUGAUGAUGAAAUAUUUGUAAAUACUAAUUGGAAAAAAGUACAUGUAUAUGAGAGUGACAGUGACUCUAGUGAGGAUAGUGACUCUAGUGAUCAUAGUGACUCUAGUGAAGAAUGUGACUCUAGUGAUAGUCAAAGUGGUAGAAGUAAUAAAUAAGAUUGUUAUUCAA